AUGGGUUAAAUAAUAUUAAAAGCUCUAUACUCUUUUUAAAGCUAAAAAGAAAAAAAAAUAUUGAUGCUUGGAAUUGAUGAUGCAGGCAAAACUACAAUACUUUAUUAACUAAAGCUAAACAAAGCCAUAUAGUUGAUUCCAACUGUAGGGUUUACUGUUGAAAAAAUUAUAUAUAAAAACCUUGAGUUAUAAUUUUGGGAUCUUUCUGGUAAUGACUAUUCAAGAAAAUUUUUUUGGCAUCAUUACUAUAAAAAUAGCAACGCUUUGUUAUUUGUAAUAGAUUCUUCUAAUAUUGAGAGAUUUAGUGAAGCAAAAUAAACUUUAAACAUGUUAUUAGAAAACCCUAAUAUACCAGAUAUCCCUAUUUUAAUCCUUGCAAAUAAGUAAGAUAUCGCUGCUGUAAAUACUGAAAGACUUCAAGAAUAACUUGAAUUAAAUUAAUAUAUAGGUGUUAGAUAGCUACAUAUUUAAGGAUGCUGUGCUUUGAAUGGAGAUGGACUUAAAGAAGGAUUAAACUGGCUAUCAAAUAUCUUAAUAAAAUAAAAAUUUUGA